AUGGCCUCCAAUAGCACGGGCGACCCAACGGCUGCGAACAACAGCAAUGGCAAUGGUGGGCAGUCAGAAGAGAUCAUUGUCGCCAUUGUCGCUCUGGUCGUCUCGGUCAUCGCUCUGCUUGGAACCAUUCUCCAGGUCCUGCAGCAGUACUUCGCCUCUGCCACCGGCUUUAGCAACUGCGACCGCAAAGUGAUCGGUCAAUGGUCAGAAGGCGUUGUUCGCAAGUUCCGCAUGCAUGAACUGCGGUUCGAAGUCCAGUUCGACACUCCCGUCAUAUUCGUCACCUCGGCCCGGAACAAGGACAAGGGCCCCAUAGCCAACCAAGCCAACAUAUUCAUCAAGGGCACGCCUGAAAGCCUCAAGGAGACCAAGACCGAGCCUCUCAAUGGUGACAAGGACAAUAUCCAGAAUAUCAAGCCCACUGCCAAUGGAAUAUCAAAAUGGAGUCCGAGCGGGCUCCGGCAGAGGACAACCUUCCAGACUAUGCGUACUGGACACAAGGAGAGGCAGAGCAUGCGGGAGGGCAUUCACACCGCCGACAACGAGCGCGCAACCUGGGUCACGCUAUUGUCGCACCUCCAGAACAUGGAGAGCCAAAGUUCAGACUGGCAGCAGGAGCAGUUUGAUGACAAUGGUCCACCUCGUGGAGCUAUUGUAACCCCCCCCGGCUUCGAAGACCGCAAGCUGGCCGUCGCUCUCCAGAUCAAGAGGAAGAGCUGGGACACCAUGCCAGACAGCGUCAAGAAGCCAUAUGCCACGACGACCAUGUGCCACAUCAUCGAGAUAGCGGCCAUGAUGGGUCUGCACUGGAAGAUCUUUGACCGGAUCAGAGACAUCUACCGUGCCGAGGGCAACGGAUACAUCCUCAGUGGUCACGACGUGAGUGAUCUUGGCAUCAUGUUCACUUUUCAGGUGUGUGGUAAGAGUAAGUUUCAGGCAUCCAGAAUCAUACCAUCAGAUGAGGUUAAGGAACUUUCAUUUGGCAUUGUAUCAACGCUGUUCCGCAAGCAUGACGACACGGACAACCGACGGCUGGAGUUCCCUACCGAGGAGCCGCAAGACAUGGCCAUCUUGCAGCUUGGAAGCGCCAACGAAUUCGCAGAAACUCUCGUGUCAUUGGGGUGCAACACCAACUCUGCCAAGUAUCUGAGAGACAACAGCAAGAAGCAUGGGCAUUUGUUUCCUUUGGCUUUCGAGAUCACCGGAAUGCUUGGCCGCAAGUUGCACAUUAGGAAUACUUUCUUCAGGAUGCUACCCAACCCGACCUUCUACCACUGGGACAAGAAGUUCUUCAGUCUGCGGAGGCUUUUGACAGCAUACAAGGCUAAUAUCGACGACAACGAUCUGAUACCUCACCCGACAGCCCACAUUGAGAAGCUGAAAAAGCAGGCAGAGGUUGUCGUCGAGACCUUCAGGAGUACCAGGAAGCAGAGGGGCGACAACGGCUUUGAUCUCAAGCUGUUCUGUGCGCUCGACGACGCCAUAGACUUUUGCGACGAAUUCCUGACUCGGACUCCAGACGAAGAGAAGAACAAUCUAAAGAUCAUCGAGGUUGUGGUGCGGGAGCACUUCCAGUUGGUCCUCCACAUGGUCAACGAGGAAGAGGCUCCCGACACCCCCGGACUGGACGAUGUUCGAUCGGUCGCGACGAGCAAGCACGAGGUGCCUUCCUUUGAGGACCUCAACGCAGCAUCUCCGGAGCAGAAGCAGGAAAAGUUCAUGGACUUGUACUUUUCGUCGGUGCUGCCCACAGUGAGGAAGAGAUGCACCAGGACCCUGAGGCACGCGGCUCGAACCUUUUUGGCACCCCACGAGGGUCGUGCGCCGGCCAAGCCCAAGGCCGGAGCGACGGUGAAUAUCCCGUCGCGAACCCCGACGCCCACCCCAGGCCUGCCUGUCCUCCAGGUCGAGGGUGGUAAUCAGGGGAGCCCGUCCUCUUCCUCGUCGUCGUCGCUGUCGACCCGUGAGGAGCUGGGAAUGAGCAACUCCAACAUCAUCAGCGCCAGCGAGGAUGAGAUCACGGAGAUUUGGUGCACCCUGGUCUUUCGCAUGCUCUGCUGGCUGCUGCUGCACGACUUCCACAAGAACGACAUCCAGCUGGCCAAGAGCGAGCAGUGGGGCAGCCGCUUGCCGGUUUACAUUGCAUGA